AUGGCGGGGCUGGAGCCGCUGUACGCCUGGGCACGGCCGGCCGUGUCCCGCCCGCAGGACGCUUUGGUCUGCGGCGUUCACUGGGAGCUGAUCCGGCAUGGCUACCGCUGCCUCGGCGCUGGCGAUCAGCCAGGUCCUAAUGAAAAGGAGUCAGAGCUGCUGCCUGCUGGCUGGGAAGCCAACAAGGAAGUGUAUACACUGCGCUACAAGUCUGUGCAUGAUGCCCAUGAGCUGCUGCUGAAGGCCAUCACUGUGGAAGACAGCAUGAUCCUCAACGUCAUGGACCGCAGUUCUCAGAAGGUGGCAGAUGUGACUUUGACAGUGGCUGACUACAUCAACCCAGAGCACCUGGAUGAUUUCCACAAGCUGUACAGGAACAUGGAGGAGCUGAGGACAAGGAUCACUUCAGGCAUCAUUGCUCCACUUGGGGCCCCCUCAGAGAAGGCCAACAAGGAGCCAGAGGCUGAGAAGAAGGAUCCUGACUUGCUCCAGGAUGCCGACCCCCUCCGGCUCCCUCCGCGGCAGCCAGCGGGCCCGAGAGCACCAACCUGGCCUUCUCCCUUGAGCCCCUUUGCUGUUGGUGGGGAAGACUUGGACCCAUUUGGAGGCAGAAGUGGGGGAAUGAUGGUGGAUCCUCUCCGGUCUGGCUUCCCACGGCCUGGCACUGACCCAUCCUCAGGCAUCCCAGGCCGGCUGCCCCCGGGAGCUGUUCCACCAGGUGCCAGGUUUGACCCCUUCGGCCCAUUGGGAGCUGGUAGAUCCAGGCCAGAUCCUGACCACCUCCCCCCUCCGGGCUAUGAUGACAUGUUCAUGUGAGGAGCCACCCUGGGGCUUAUGGCUGUGGCCAGAGCACCUCCAGGCAGGCAGAAGCUCUUCUCCCUCUUCACUCCCAGCUCAGUGGACUUGGAUCUUCUCAGCAACAUUUUUUCCUCCUCACUUGGGGCCACAUCCCUGUGUCAGACCAGCUAUAAAGGCUUCCCUGUGUGGAGGAGGAGGAGACAGGAGGGUCCCUUUCUUUCCCUGCUUCUCUGAAGGUGCCCAGCAGUUGGUACUCAGCUGAAGUGCUCCUGCCCUUGUGUGAGGUGGCAGCCUGGGGUGCAGCCUGGCCUGGGUGCUGUGGGCUUUCCUCCUCUGCUUCUUUGGGCUGGCACCGCUUUGGCUGCUGGGUUGUUUAUUUGUGGUGGUAAAGGCACAGAAAUCCUGCCCUGGGGGCAGCUGGAGCAUCCCCUGCUUCUCCCCAGGGCUCCUGCAUGCCCCCCCUACAUUCACAGGAGCUGGUUUGGAGCCAAGGUCUGGCUCUUGGGGCUCAUGAUCCCUCGUCCCCAGGGGUUUUGGUGGGUGGAGCUGUGGAUUGAGCUGGCCUCUAGCUGCUGCUGUGCUGGGGAGCUGCAGUAACCACCAGAGGCCACAGCCAGAGCAGGAUCCCCGUGCAGGGAUGGCUUCUCUUGCUCUUUAUCCCAGCACAGGGUUGAUGAGGGUGAGGGGCUGCGUGGCCCAUCUCACAUGGACAGACCCUUGGCAUCAGCUGAGAUCAGCUUUCCUCAUGGCUGUGCCCAUUGGCACCACCAGCAAAGCUUUGAGAAGAGACAGGGUUUGAAUUCCUGCCCCACCUUGCCCCUCUCUGCAGCUGUGAUUUCCAUUCCUGGGGGGCACACAAAGCCCUGGAAGAAGGCAGUGGGUGAGGGUUGGGACAGGAGGAAGGGUGCUGGGUACCUGCCCAACCUGCCAGGCCCAGCAUUGGCUCUCCUGGCAUAGCAGAGCUGAGCCUGGCACCAAGCUGGGGCCCUUCUUGGGGGGUUUGCUUUGUUCUUGGAACACAUUUUCCUUCCUAACAUUGCAGGAGGCUGGGGUGGUUCUGCUUGGCUGAACCCUGCCAGACACCUCGGGGUGGGGGUGGAUGACAUCAGUGGAGCUCUUUCUGGAACCCCCUUCCCAGGACAGUUAAUUCUGGGGCUGCAGCUCCUCUGUCCUGCCAGAGUUUCCUAGAUUUUGUUGGUCUUUAUUUCUUCUCAUGGUUUGAUUUAUUUUUUUGGAAGGAUUUUCAGGAGGCUGAAAU